AUGUUCUUGAUGUCGGACUCGGACCCGGACCAAGCGGAGGACUUCGAGCGCAGGUUCCGGUGCACGGCGUGCCCUGCGCGCUUCAAGCUGAAGCAGCACUUGCUGGUGCACUUCCGGCUGCACACGGGCGAGAAGCCUUUCAGCUGCCCGCACUGCCCGCGGCGCUUCACGCAGAAGAACGGCCUCGUGAUCCACCUGCGCACGCACACCGGCGAGAAGCCCUUCCAGUGCCCCCAGUGUAGCCGACAGUUCGCCCAGAAGACGGUGUUCGAGGCGCACAUGAGGAUCCACACGGGGGAGCGACCCUUCCCGUGCCGCGUCUGCGGGCAGACCUUCCGGCAGCGGAGCGCCCUCAAAGUGCACGAGGGUCUCCACCGGGCGCAGAGGCAACCCUAACGAUCACCUGCAAAGUAGCUCUUAGAGCGCCUGUUAGGUAGGCAACAUCUGGUGUGUGGUGCGCGUGUGUA